AAAAUAACGAACGGCACAAGCACUGCACUUCCGUCGCCUAUGUCACCGGGAGCGAAGUUCUGACAGCUGAUUCCCCAGCUUGUUUAUAAUCUAUCGCGGAGACCUGAGAGUAUUUAUUUUUGAAGUUGUUUGCCGUGUGAAGUGCCUCUCGCAGUCUCCGGCUGGAGCCGCAGCUAGCGCCCCGAACAGCAGAAGCGUGCGGCGGUUAUGGUGUAUGUUAGUGAGGAGCGCUACCUCUGAGACGGCAGGUAUUUGAGCAGCAGUGCAGUGUAGCACAGUGCAGUGUGGGCAGAUCACAGCAGGUGAGCCAUGCUUACGUUGGCCCGUAAGCUGAAGAGGGAAGAUGGGGGAAAAACAGGCCGUGCCUCCGGAACCUCUGACUCUACCCACAGGGUCUCCGUCAGGGACCGCCUCCUUACCAAAGAAGUUGCAGAACUUGAAGCCAAUCUCCCUAGUACAUGCAAAGCCAGUUUCCCAGAUGAGGACAAACUGCAUCAUUUCCAGCUGGCAGUGUCACCUGAUGAGGGUUACUACCAGAGCGGAAGGUUCCAGUUUGAAAUAGAUGUCCCUGAAGCCUAUAACAUGGUGCCACCCAAAGUGAAAUGCCUGACCAGAAUAUGGCACCCUAACAUCGCUGAGACCGGAGAGAUCUGUCUGAGCUUGUUGCGAGAACAUUCUAUUGAUGGUACAGGCUGGGCCCCCACCAGAACACUAAAGGAUGUGGUCUGGGGACUGAACUCCUUGUUUACUGACCUGCUGAACUUUGAUGACCCAUUGAACAUUGAUGCAGCAGAACAUCAUCUGAGAGACAAGGAGGAUUUUCGGAAUAAGGUUCAAGAUUACAUCAAGCACUACGCCAGAUGAUAGAAGCAUCCCGUUGCGUCACCGGCUACCUGCAACCUCCUGCACCAACCAACCAAACUGCUCCACCUUGCCUCUGCUUGUCCCGGCCAGCUCCCCCUGUGUGUGCGAAUCAACAGCUUACCCUCUUGACUCCUAACCCCGCCCCUGUUUUCUCCUUGACCAAUCAUGCGCCGACCCCCACCCUUGAACCGACUGCAUUAAACUCCCCAUUGCAGGAAAAAAAGAGAGAGAGAGAAAAGAAAAAAAUGACAGAUGUGUGUUUGAGGUUGGACUUGUGUUACAGAGGAAGUGAAAAUAAUGCUUUAAUUGUAAUUGAAUGAGUGGUACAAUGACUGCAACGCCUGUUCAUCACGGCAGGAUCGUCCAACGACGCCGCUUCCCCGUGGUGUCUCUGAGCCAAUCGGAAACGAGCCAUGGCAACGAACGGCAAGGGAUUUGAUUUGAAAAUUCAACCUGCCCGCACGGAAAUUUAAACCAAUCACACUCAGCUGUUUAUUUAAACCGAUCUGACGAAUCAAGAAAGAAUGAAUAUCUGUUGCCGUGUUUUCUCAGUUCCAGUGCCUGCCAUGUUUGUGUUGUUAAAGAAGAAGUGCACGCGAAUACACCUGUAUACACACAUGCACGCAAGCACACGCACACAUGCACACAGUAUCCCAUCAUGCACUGGGAGAGUCAACAUAUCUACACACCUAUUUGUAUACACACACACGCGCACACUCUUGUUGUUACAAAUGUCGAAAAGCCUGCACCCUCAACCCCACUAGACAGCAUGUGAAUGACCAGUGCCACCACGUUGCGUUUUACUUUUCCUCGCAUGUGCACACACACACACACACACACACACACACACACACACACACACACACUCAUGUAUAAACCAGUAAAGUGUUUCAGGAUUUCCAGUUCCAUGACCUUUGCCAGAAGAAUUGCAAAACGCAUUGGGCUACAAAAUGACUGCCUCAGACUUGCUCUGAGGUCAACGCUGACUGCUUCUCUUAAUAUCUCUUGGAUGUAGCAUGGAAGUCUUUAUUUGUUGAAGGGUGGAAUAUAUUUUCAGCUGCAAUGAAAAAAAAAGUCCAAAAAAGUCUAAAAAAAAAAAAAAAAAAAAAUGUUUAGCAAUAGCUGGCACAGCAUUACAGGAGUGGACAUUGCUGUUAGCAUCUCGGGAUGUGUUGCUGGUCUUCAUUUUAUAACAAAAUUAUAUUUAAAAAUUGGAGUCUGUCACACAUCCACCUUGUGAUCUUUCUAAUAUCAUGCUACAUCUUAUUUAAAUGACAAAAUUUUUGGCAAGCGGGAACUAGGAACCUUAACCAUUUUCACCAUAGACACAAAAUAAAUGAAGGAACCAGAUGUGCCCUGGAAGCCCCGAGCACUUGGGCGGUCUGUGGACAUCCAGCUGUGUGGACAUCCACCUGUUUGUUCACCAGUGGGAUGCAGCCGAGAGCUCAGACGGAAGAGACGCCACAGACUGUGAUUAUUACAAAGUAGUAGCCAGUUUGGGCUUCUACUGCUCCUACUACUGCAAACGCCACAGCUAAAUUUUGACUUUUGUGCACAGUGCUCUGUUUCUCCCUUUGCUCACACUUCCUCCCCUCCCUCUCUCUGUCCUUUUUGUCUUUCCUCCAUCUGUCUUUUUUCUGUUUCACCCCCAAACACACACACAUACGUACACACAGCUUUUUGGGGGUGUCAUUCAUACUUUGGGUGCUCCUGUGGGGGAGAGCCCAAGCUAAGAUGCAACGUGUUUUUCUAGAGGGCCAUUGCGCUCUCUCUCUCUCUCUCUCUCUCUCUCUCUCUCUCUGUGUGUGUGUGUGUGGACUGUCUGUAGUCACUGUCUUUCUGUAUGUGGAACCGUCUAUUGUCCAUUUUGUCUGUGUGGGUGUGUGCGCGCACGUGUGCAUGAAUCUGUUUUCCUGUGUGCACUUGUGUUUCUUUGCCUCUGUGUGUCUGUAUGGGUGAGCAUGUCUGUCAGUGAGCCUGCGUGUGUGUGUGUGUGUGUGUGUGUGUGUGUUUGUGCACCUGUGUGUUGCUUCGCUAGGCCAAGGCUAGCUUCGUGCCUCCUGUAUGUAUGUGUGCACAGUAUUUCUGAACAUAACGACUGUCUCCACUCUCCUCAGCUUCGUGUUCACAUGUCUGCAUGAGGCAAAGUGUAUGUGUUCCGCCAGUGGUGCAUUUUGCUGAAGAUGUCACAAAAUAGUUGUUUGUAGAAGAUGGUGUGUGUGUGCGCGCUUGUGUGUGUGUGUGUGUAUAUGGAUAGUUUAUCCUGAGUAUGUGCAGGUAUGUGGGUUCAUUUUUACGCCUGCACGUCUUUGUAUGCUUUCAGUGUCUGCAGUGUAAGUUGUUGGCCAGUAUGUUAAAGUUACUUGUUCAUCGCUAAAGCUUCUACUGUAUAGGAUGCAUUCUCACUUUUAAAAAGAUUCCAAAGAACUAACAGCUUUUAUUUUUGUGGCUUUCAAGCUAGAAAACAAAACCUUUAUUUAAAGCAAAAAGCAGGAACUUUAGCUCGCUGGCCCAAAACCUAGGCUGCAGAUGUGUGUGUGUGUGUGUGUGUGUGUGUGUACGUGUGUAUGUGUGUGUGUUUGUGGAUGUGUGUGCGUAUGUGUAUGUGCGCUUAUAUGAAAACAGAUGUGUUGACUGAUGAUGUGACUUGUUAGCAUGCUCUGGUUCCUUCUUGCCCCUCUCUUUCUGUUGUACCAGCCCAGGACUCGACACCCCAAAAUAUCAGUUUUGUUUCAGUGAAGGAAAGUAAAAAAAAAAAAAAAAAAAAAAAAAAAAUGUCAAUACUGGCCUCUGCCAAAAUAAAGGACCUGAGAU